GCAGCAGGCGCCGCCAUGGCCGCCGCGCUCGCCGACAUGGCCGACCUGGAGGAGCUCUCCCGCCUCAGCCCGCUGCCCUCCGGCAGCCCCGGGCCCGCGGCGCGCGGCCGGGCUGAGCCGCCCGAAGAAGAGGAGGAGGAGGACGACGAGGAGGCGGAGGCGGAGGCGGUGGCCGCGCUGCUGUUGAACGGGGGAGCGGGCGGCGGCGGCGGUGGCGGCGGCGCGGGGGGCGGCGAGGCGGAGACCAUGUCGGAGCCGAGCCCCGAGAGCGCCAGCCAGGCGGGCGGGGACGAGGACGAGGAGGAGGAGGACGAUGAGGACGAGGGCAGCAGCAGCGGCGGCGCCGAGGAGGAGAGCAGCGCCGAGAGCCUGGUGGGCAGCAGCAGCGGCGGCUGCAGCGGCGACGAGACGCGCUCGCUGAGCCCGGGCGCGGCGAGCAGCAGCAGCGGCGAUGGGGACGGGAAGGAGGGCCUGGAGGAGCCCAAGGGACCGCGGGGCGGCCCCGGCGGCCCGGGCAGCGGAGGCGGUAGUAGCAGCAGUAGCGUGGUGUCGAGCGGAGGCGACGAGGGCUACGGCACCGGGGGAGGCGGGAGCAGCGCGACCUCCGGGGGCCGGAGGGGCAGCCUGGAGAUGUCGUCGGACGGGGAGCCGCUGAGCCGCAUGGACUCAGAGGACAGCAUAAGCAGUACCCUAAUGGACGUAGACAGCACAAUUUCCAGUGGGCGUUCAACUCCAGCAAUGAUGAAUGGACAAGGGAGCACUACUUCUUCAAGCAAACACAUUGCCUAUAAUUGUUGUUGGGACCAGUGCCAGGCAUGCUUCAACUCCAGCCCAGACCUGGCAGACCACAUCCGUUCCAUACAUGUAGAUGGUCAGCGUGGAGGGGUGUUUGUUUGCUUGUGGAAAGGUUGUAAGGUGUAUAACACCCCAUCAACCAGUCAGAGUUGGUUGCAGCGGCACAUGCUGACACACAGCGGGGACAAACCUUUCAAGUGUGUAGUUGGUGGCUGCAAUGCCAGCUUUGCUUCUCAGGGAGGGCUAGCUCGCCAUGUACCCACACACUUCAGUCAGCAGAAUUCCUCAAAAGUUUCUAGUCAGCCAAAGGCCAAAGAAGAAUCUCCUUCUAAAGCUGGAAUGAACAAGAGGAGGAAACUAAAGAACAAAAGACGGCGUUCGCUACCGCGACCACAUGAUUUCUUCGAUGCACAAACACUGGAUGCCAUAAGACAUCGAGCCAUAUGCUUUAACCUCUCAGCUCAUAUAGAAAGUUUAGGGAAGGGACACAGUGUUGUUUUUCAUAGUACUGUAAUAGCUAAAAGAAAGGAGGAGUCUGGAAAGAUAAAGCUUUUGCUUCAUUGGAUGCCUGAAGAUAUCCUGCCAGAUGUAUGGGUGAAUGAAAGUGAACGACAUCAGUUAAAAACUAAAGUAGUUCAUUUAUCAAAGCUACCCAAAGAUACUGCCUUGCUGUUGGACCCAAACAUUUACAGAACAAUGCCACAGAAGAGGUUGAAGAGAACUCUGAUAAGAAAAAUGUUCAAUUUGUAUUUAAGCAAACAGUGAACGACAUUUGCAAUCAACUAAAAAUUCGUCUAUCGAAUUAGGUCUGAGAAUAACUGUCUAAGAGUGUUGCCAUAUGUCUGGCUCCCUUUUCAGGACUAGGGUCUCAUGGGGUACAGUGUCAAUGGUUUUUGGAGGGAAAAAAA